AUAUGAUAAGGGUGCGUAGGUGUGAGGGUGAGCGCGCAGUCAUGCGCCCUCGCCCCUGGCUGGGUCAUUGAUCACCUGUAAGAGCGGUGCUCAGCUCCCGCGACCGCACACAAGGAGAUAACCUGUUCUCCUCGCAGGCAGCAAAGAGCAAUAAACGAUGGGACCCUCAAGUGGCGUGAUGAUGCUGGUCAUCUUGGUCGCGGCCUCCGCCAGCCCGACCGCCAAGCCUGACCAAGAGAACCAUGAACAUCAGCAUAAAGGUGCCGAAGGUUCUAGUAUGACUGUGUCGUCGACUGUGGCCCCUGUUAAGCAGGUAAUCGGCAACACGCAUAAUCAGCAGAGGCAGCAGCAGCAUUUGUCGCCCCUGCACAAACGGUCCGGCGGCUUUGUGGAGCAGCUCUUCUCUGAUCCGCCCGGCGGCGAGAUGCCUUACUUUCCGGUAGGCGACAGGCGCAGGUCAAACGCCCGAUUUGUGCGGACGCCCAUAAAAAGAAGCAACCCGAUGCGAAGCCUGAUGAGUCGCAACAAGCGCGAAUCAAACGCUGACGAUGACGCCCUGGCCUUACUAGCCCUUUGGGCUUCGGCUGCCAACCGUGACGAUCUCAGAAACAUGCGAAGUCUGUUGAACAGCCUGAGGGAGGCGUAUCCGCAGCCGCCAACGCAGCAGCACCUUUAUGAGCAGGCUUUGGAAAACCUGGAGCCGCAGGAGGAAGAGCCGGAGAUUGUGCUGCCCGCGGACGAGGAGCCGGAGCCCUACCCUCGCUACACCAGCUGGAGCGAAGGCGAGUACGUAGUGCCAGAGCGGUUCACCGUGAUGCGGCGCUCGCCAGGCGGGUUGCUGCCCAUCCUGCCUAGCUACCACAAGCGCGACGAGGGACGCUGGGGCGCUUUUGCCCCGCAGCAGCGCAAACGCUUCCUCCUCGCCAAGCGUUCCCCCGUUUCACAGGGUGACGUGUACUCGUUGGCGCAGAUGCUCGGCGAAGAGCAGGCCGAGCCCAACGUCCCCGUCUAUCGACGCCUCAUGCUUUGAAAAGAGAAAUUUGGCGAUGCUCCCUAAUUAAAAAUAAUACAUAAAACAAAACUAUAAAGAAAAAUGAAAAACAAUUCUGCACAAACAAAACUUCUAUCUUUUUUGCAAAAUUUAUUUUGUCACAUUUAAUUUUGCAAAGGGUUAUAAAAAAAAAUUUGACAGAGAAAAUGAAAAAUUCGGCACCAGAAGUGGAAACAUCAGUUAUCAGUGUGUGUAUUUUCUGCACGUGAAAAAUAAAUCUAACAAAAAUUUUCUUUGAUGGUGUAGUC